AUGGAUACCAAACGUUUCGACACUUCUGUUCCCCUCUGGAUCCUGCACGUGGACGGCUCGGCAAACCAGCAAGGCUGUGGUGCCGGCUUAGUGUUAACCACUCCGGAUGGUUGCAAAAUCGAGUACGCCCUCCGAUUCAACUUCCGAACCUCCAAUAACGAGGCAGAAUAUGAGGCCCUCCUGGCUGGCCUUCGGCUAGCCCAGAGCAUGAGCGCGAGGCAGAUCAGCAUUCACAGCGACUCCCAGCUCAUAGUAAAUCAGAUAACGGCGGACUUCGCAGCAAAGGAUGCCUAUCGGCAGCCCACCAACUACUACAAAAAUUCCAGGCCUACGAGAUACGGCAGAUCCCCAGGUCGGAAAAUAGCCACGCCGACGCGCUCUCACGAUUGGCCUCGGCCAUAA